CAUCCGCCAAAGACUGCAGCUAUAGGUCACCGAGAAAGCGACGCGCCAUGCAUGGCUGUUGUAGACUGCGUCGGUCGGUCGGAGGAGAGCUGGAGAGGAGACUGAGUAGAGCCUCGGAAAUAAGAGAUCAGACAAACACAGCAAGCAGCAUGCCGUUUGGGAUGGUAACGCUUUCCACUGUCAGAUACCAUCAUCACUAAGCACUGAACAAAUCUCCAAAGCGGAGGGUAAUGAUGACAUCACAAAUUCAGACUGAUACAGUGUGAUCCAUCAUUCCUGGCCUGACAUUGACAUGGCAACAGGCAGGAAGGGGUCGACCUCGAAGGGAGGAAGCGUGCGUUUUCCUGACGACGAGGAUGCCAUGGGCUCCCCUGUUCACCGUGAGGACAAAGCCAAGGAUUCGGCCAUCCCUGCUCUCCCAGAGCCUGAUGGGAACUUCCUGGUUAAGGUAGGGUUCCUGAGGAGUCUGCAUCGUUAUGAGAUCGUCUUCACCCUCCCAGAGGUGCCUGUGCUGGGGAAAGAUGUGUGCUCCCUCCCUUCCUCCUCAUCACCGACGCCCAGACCCCUUCUCAAAGUCAACCGUGUCACACCUACACCAGAGGGUGGGGUGAAGGUGACGUGUGAGUACACCACCCACCAGGAGGGGGUGCUGCAGGAGGAGCUGACCUUGGUCAGCCGGGGGAAGAAGGACCAACGUCUGCGGGUCAGGCUACAGGCCCGGGUCAUGGAUCGUCACCAUGGUACUCCUAUGCUGCUGGAGGGGGUGCGGUGUCUGGGGGCGGAGAAAGAAAAAAGGAAAUGAGCCGUCCAUCCCUUUAUAUCUUCCCCCUCCUGUAGAGACCAGCCAUCGUCCGUCCCUUUAUAUCUUCCCCCUCCUGUAGAGACCAGCCAUCGUCUGCCCUUUAUAUCUUCCCCUCCUGUAGAGACCAGCCAUCGUCCGUCCCUUUAUAAUCUUCCCCCUCCUGUAGAGACCAGCCAUCGUCCGUCCCUUUAUAUCUUCCCCCUCCUGUAGAGACCAGCCAUCGUCCGUCUCUUAUAUCUUCCC